UAGGUAGCUUGGAGCCCUAAAAUGGGAAGAAUGCGCUCACUGGCGCGCCGGGGAGGGAUCGGCAUUCCACGAGCUUGCAGCUGUUUGAGCUUCGCGAUGGAUCAUUGAGCGGGAUCUGGGCGAGGAAUUUGCUCGCUUGCGGCAGAUCUGGCAGCACGAAAUGGCGCAUUUUGAGGUAGCUAUGUGAGAAUUCCCUCGGUUCCAUUCCAUGGCCUGGAAAUACAAGGCUGGAUUGGUGCUUCUCUCCACGGUCGUCGUGAUAUGGGUCACUUCGGCGGAAGUCACACAGAAAAUUUUCGAGGCUUACAAGCAACCAUUUGCGCUUUCCUACUUGGGAGCGUCGCUUAUGGUCGUCUACUUGCCGUUGUCGGUGCUCAAAGACUGGAUCUAUUCUUACUUCCAAAGGCGCUAUAGGAAAAUUCAACGAGAAAACUCAGAUGGUGGUGGUGGCGUGCUGGAUUCUCCAUCCAAGAGAAACCGCGUCAAGGCCAGUGAUAUGGAGCUACAGCAUCUCAUGCUCCAGGAAAAUGGGAAAGAUCUCGAAGCUCCAGGAGCCUCUGUGAAACCUUCUUUAGCGUCAAAGCUAGCGCCAGAGAAAGUAACUUGGACAGACUGGGAUGUUGCAAAGGCAUGCCUCUAUCUGGCUCCCCUUUGGCUACUCACAGAGUACUUGUCGAACGCCGCCUUGGCCCAUACGAGCGUUGCAAGCACAACGAUUCUUUCGUCUACCUCGGCACUGUUCACGUUAAUGUUUGGAACGCUGUUGGGGCAGGACCAGUUUAACGUCUUGAAAGUCGUGUCAGUGCUCAUAACGAUCAUAGGAGUGUUCAUGACAACACUCGGGCGGACAUGGGCGAAGGAUGACGUGCAAGCAACAUUGUCGAGGCCGAGCAAGCAUGACAUGGUUGGAGACAUCCUGGGGCUCUCUUCGGCUGUUACGUAUGGUCUCUUCACAGUCUCGCUGAAGCGAAUAGCCGGGGAAGAUGGAGAGACUGUGGAUGUCCAGAAGAUUUUCGGAUUCAUUGGAUUAUUUACACUUAUUGGCCUCUGGUGGCUCACUUGGCCACUUCAUGCACUCGGCUUGGAGCCAAGUCUAAGCAUACCUCGGUCGGCAAAGGUGGACGAGGCUGUUCUUGCAAAUAGCUUCAUUGGCAGUGUUCUCUCCGAUUACAUUUGGGCAUUGUCAGUGGUAUGGACGACGCCUCUCGUGGCAACGCUAGGAAUGUCGUUGACAAUACCCUUUGCCAUGCUAGCUGAUAUGGUUGUCCAUGGACGCCAUUACUCGGCCAUUUACGUUCUUGGCUCGGCUCAAGUUUUUGCCGGAUUUAUGGUUGCCAACCUGACAGAUCACUGCUCGCGGAAGAUCGGUUUCUGACGAGAAGUGACUUGUAUACACAGUUCCAAAAGAGGCUCGCGUUUGUAAACACUGACUGAGUUUUUCUCUCUCUUUUUUUUGUUUCAUUUGCUCGGGUGGGAGGAGAGAUUUUUCGCUCGCCACCAUUCCAAAACUGUAACACGGAUUGUUCCAAUUGGGAAUUUGCACAGUUUUCCGUGUGUUAUUUUUCUA